UUCUCUUUGAAACACAUUUUUGACGUCAGUUUUGUCGCGAACUUCCUCGUGGUGUGUUGUCUUUGUUUUGUUUUAAAUUAAAAUUUAUAAUUUUUCGACUUACCUUUAUACAAAAUGGACACAAAAAAAUUUUUCAAUGUCGACGACGAUUUAAAGAAAUUCCUGACUGCACCAAAAGGCUUCGCAACAAAAGCCAUUCGCGCUGGACAAGAACCCGACCAAUGGAACAGUUUAGCUGUCGUGCCUCCAAUUAGUUUAUCGACGACUUUUAAGCAACAUGCGCCGGCACAAAUUCAAGAAGGAGGAUUCGAAUACAGUCGUUCGGGAAACCCAACAAGAAAUGUCUUGGAAAUGUGUUUGGCUUCAAUUGAAAACGCUAAAUAUGGAUUGACGUUCUCUUCGGGACUCGGAGCGACAACAACAAUCAUUAAUUUACUGAAAACGGGCGAUCAUGUAAUAGCCGGCGACGAUUUGUACGGCGGCACGAACCGACUUUUGAGGAAUUUUGUCGUUUCCAUGGGCAUCAAAGUAGAUUUUGUCGAUUUUUGUGACUUGGCUGCCGUGGAAAAGGCAAUUACGAGCGAAACUAAGAUGUUCUGGGUUGAGACUCCGACAAACCCCUUGCUCAAAACGUGCGAUAUUAAAGCGGUUUCUGCCGUCGCUCAUAAAUUCCCGGGAAUUGUUGUUGUUGUUGACAACACUUUUCUCACGCCAUAUCUUCAAAGACCUCUCGAAUUGGGAGCCGAUAUUGUCGCGUAUUCUCUGACAAAAUACAUGAACGGACACACGGAUGUCGUGAUGGGAGCGGCGACAAUGAACAACGACGAGUUGUAUGAACGGUUGAAAUAUUUGCAAAAUGCGACGGGAAUCGUUCCAUCGCCCUUCGAUUGUUAUCAAGUUAAUCGUUCGUUGAAAACUUUGGACAUUCGCAUGGAGAAACAUCGCCGGAGCUCGAUGAUUAUCGCGAAAUAUUUGGAAGCUCAUCCGAUGGUUGAGCGCGUUUUGCAUCCCGGACUCAAAUCGCAUCCGCAAUACGAAAUUGCCGUCAAACAAACCGGAGGGCAUAGCGGAGUUUUUUCAUUUUAUAUCAAAGGUGAUGGAAAAGCAGCGAGUUUGUUGCUGAAAACACUCAAAUUGUUCACGUUAGCGGAGAGUUUGGGAGGAUACGAGAGUUUGGCGGAAAUUCCAUCGGUUAUGACUCAUGCUUCCGUUCCUCCCGCACAAAGAGCUCAAUUGGGUAUCACGGAUAAUUUGAUUCGAAUCAGUGUUGGAUUGGAGGAUCCAGAGGAUCUUAUUCAAGACUUGGAACAAGGUUUUGCUGCUAUCAAAAAAUAAAUUUAGGAAAAAAGAUAAAAAAAAAAUUAAAAGGCAUAAAAAUCUAAAUUUAAUUAAAUAAAAAGUUUUAUUUUCAUAA